GCGUUCAGGUCAAAAACCGUCCUAAUUGCAACAGGAACAUUUUUGGGAGGAGAAAUCUUCCUAGGAAAAGACAGGUGGCCUGCUGGAAGGAUCGGUGAAAAGAGCGCGACGGGACUGUCACAAUCUUUUAAAGAGUUAGGAUUUCGCCUUGCACGUCUUCGAACUGGAACUCCACCUCGCCUAACUCCAUUCGAUUUCUCACAAUUUGAAUUAAUGCCGCCGGAUAGUGUGCCAGUACCUUUUUCUUUCAUGACGGAUCAGGUUUGGCUGCCUCCCGACAAACAGCUACCCACAUAUAUUGGCUAUACUAACGACCGUGUGCGGGAAAUUGUUGAAGAGAAUCUGGCAGACAACGAACACGUCAAAGCUGAAGCGAGUGGACCUCGUUAUUGCCCAUCACUGGAGUCCAAAGUUAUCCGUUUUCCGCAACUUCAUCACAGAGUUAGUGACUUCGCAGGU